UUUUUUGUUUACAUUUUCGGGCAGUACAGCGCGGAUGUGAAUUAAAAACUUGUUCAUUGAAAAAAAAAAAAAAGAUAGAUUAAAUGCUUCAGCCAUGUUUGGAAGCCUGAAGAAAAAGCUGAGCAGCGCCAUACAGGAGGGCAUUGUGAUCUCGGAGAGUCUGCAGCAGCAAUAUCGUCAACGUGUCAGUUCUGGCAAUGGCAGCGGCCAGUCGAGCGCCGCCACUACACCCACUUCGCCCCUGGGUCUUAACGAGAGUCUGUCCUCGAGUCGGAGUAGCUCGUUGUACCUAGGUGCGCCCUUCCACUUAACGGACGGUGUGCCACCGCAUUUAAAUGUGGCGGCCGGCUGCAGUCUUUUGGCCAAGUAUGAAGACGACUGGCAACAAAUUCAUGUGGCCAAUGAGGAGAAUGCCGAGAGAGCGGCCGCCGUGGCCACACAGAUUACUGCCGUGCAAGAGAGGGCGAGUGGGCAGCGGAAGACCAUCAGCGAUCUCAGCGGCAGCCUGGCUGGGAUACCCACGCUGAUAACAAAGCUCCAGACGAGUAUCGAAACUCUUCACGCAUUGGAGGAUAUGGGAAAGCUGCUCGAAAUCGAGUUGGAGAAACUGGAGGAUCUUUGCGAGGAGUGCGAGCUGCAAGAAUUCAUGCUGGAGAAGCAGUUCGAACUGUCGCGACACAAGCAAAAGAAGCUCAAUGAACUCGAGAAGUACAGGCACCAAAUUGCUUCCCAACAUCAGGCGAAGAUCCAAGAACAUGAGCAGCAACUGAGAAAGCUUCAACGCGAGCGCCAGGCGGUCUUUGACGAUGCAUUUCGCGGUGACAUGGAGGAGUAUAAGCAGCACGGCCAGCUGACAAAAAUCCAAGCCACUCAGGCUACGAGCAACAAGUUGGCCCUGGAGGAAGUUGUUUUAGAGGCCAACGAAGUGGAGACCAAGGAUGCCUUGGAGCAGUUUCUCAACGGAUGAGAUGUUUGAUUCACCUAGAGCAAUCCCAUUUGUGCCUUUACAUGUGCAAUAUGCAGUUAAUUUCGUUUUUUUACAAACAUAUUUUAAAAUGCCCAGUUUUUGGGCCCGAUAUGGCAACGCCGGAUAUCUCACGGAUAUUUUGAGAGCAGGCGAUUUACUUCAAAACUGUUCUUAAAUUUAAUAUAGCAAACAUUACUUUACUUGUUAUUAGUAUACAUAAAUGGUAUUUUCUAGAAAUAUUAAAUUUAUUUUAACCAAA